GUCAGCCAGAUGCCGGGGAACUUGAUGUUCUGGAGCAAAUCCUGGAGACACGCAGCUUGCCACAAUUCGUUCCGCCGCGGUUGCUCUACCGCCUGAACGUUUGGCUGGUCGGCCCAGCUCCGGAUUCCCCGGAGCUGGAGCAUCAGGGCCGAAUACUGUCGCACGAGGACGAUGUCAAGGCAGCCGACCACGAGCCAGGGGAUCUGCUGUACCGACAGUUUGACUUGCCUCCGAGUGCCUUUCCGGAUGGAAAUCCGACGGUCACGACGAUGAAGUGGUGCUUGCCGGCCCUUCUUCCUGACAAGAUCUUCCGCUGUACGGUGGAAGCUCGCUUCGAGACAAACACCUCCGUGCAUUGGUGGACCCCACUGAUGCUGUCAGAGGAGUUUGUCGUUGAGCGCGUGCCGCCACCAUCGCCUCCUGAGCUGAUGCCGGUCGCGGAGCUGCCAACGCCCCAACUCCAGAAACUCCUGGCUCGCCGUGCGCCGGGUUCCACGACCUACCUCGUGGUGCGAUGGCCUUGGUCCGUUCAGGGCCGACCUGUGGACAUGUUGCGCGAUGCCUGCCAUGCCCUUGAGUUCUGUCCAAGUGGGGCGCGGCAGUCGCUGAAAGAUUCAAGCGCCAAGCCUUUAGAUCCCAAGGGCGAGACCGUGGUCCUUGGCCGUGCUACCGGGCCAUGGAAGGAGCCGAAGGCGCAGCAAGUUUGCUUCGCCAACUUCGAGAAGGGCGAGGUCUGGUUUGAGCUUCCGGAAGAUGCGACAGUCGAACCGAAUUGGGUACCGCUGUUGGUGGCGAGUGGGCUCUGGACCUCAAGCGACCAUGCUA